AUGAAAAGGUGUGCUCCUGCCGUAUUAAGAAAUUAUAAUUAUAAGAAGGGUAUAUGGAGUACCGGCGUACCUGAUCAUAUAAGGAAGCUGCUUCGAGAUAAAUCGACGUCACCAUUAUGCUCACAGGAUGAGAGAAACCUGGUCUCAUAUUUUAUGGCGCGCGGAAGUGUUCCUCUAAAGUCGGUUGGCAGUGGAUUAACAAAGAAAGCAACAACAUCAAUAACAAGUAAUUCAGCUACCACAACAUUUGAACGACAGUACCUUAUAAAGUAUCUUUAUCGGCACCAGGCCUAUGGGAACGUUAUAAAAAUUGCACAGAAGUUUCUUUAUACCACUAUUGGUUCACAAAGAUUGUUAAAACAGGAUGCCUCAUUACCUGAAUUGAAAAAGUUCCUUCUCUCUUUAUUGAUUUUACAAAGAGGUAUUCAAUUAGAUCAGGCAAUCUCUGAUAUCAUACAACGGUUUCUAUUAACACAAAAGACAAUGGUGAUAGACCUCAUUAACUCGAUUUUCUCUAGGAUGGUUAUAAUGAAUAUGCAUGAAGAAGCUGUAUAUAAAUGGGUCAAAUGGAUGAAACUAGUGAAUGGACAUUGUGAAUUUACGAAUUAUAUGGAGAACAAGAUAGUUUUGAGAAACUUUUUAUCAUUCAUGAGGCAAUCAAAUGUUCGCCCCGAUUAUUUAUCUUAUUUGAAAGCAAUUCAGCUAACGCAAGGGCCCGCAAUAGCGUCUCAAUUUGCAACUACGUUGUUGUUCUUAUUAACUUAUAUUAGGAAAUUUUCUUCUGCAGAAGCAGUUUGGAAUUACAAGUGCGAACAUAACCUGCCGAUAGUGAGUUCUGACCUGACGUGUAUUCUAAAGACGUAUUGUCACAUGCAGAAGUUUAAUUUGGUUUCGUCAACAUAUUGGAAAUACCCUGAUGCUCAGCACGACCAAAACCAAUUUGAUUAUCUUUUGGUGGCUCAUUCUAGGCUGCAUAAUUGGGACGCCUUACAACAACAGUUCAAUGCUCUUUUCGGUAUCGGUAAGCUACCUUCCAUACAACAUUAUGGUAUUUUGAUGUAUACUAUGGCCAGAAUUGGUGAAUUGGAUAGUGUCAAUAAACUAUAUACACAGUUAUUGAGGAGAGGUAUGAUACCGACAUACGCUGUUUUACAAUCUUUACUAUAUGCACAUUAUAAAGUCGGAGAUUUCGCAGCCUGUUUUAGCCACUUCGAACUAUUCAAGAAAUACGACAUAACGCCUUCAACAGCAACGCAUACCAUAAUGCUUAAAGUGUAUCGUGGUUUAAAUGACCUUGAUGGUGCGUUUAGGAUAUUAAAAAGACUAAGCGAGGAUCCUAGCGUGGAAAUCACGGAGGGGCACUUUGCUUUAUUGAUACAAAUGUGUUGCAAAACUACGAACCAUUUAAUCGCUCAAGAAUUAUUCAACCUUAUGACUGAACAUUAUAAUAUCCAACACACUGGAAAAAGUAUCUCUGCAUUGAUGGAUGUAUAUAUUGAGAGUAACAGGCCAACAGAGGCAAUAGCAUUAUUUGAAAAACAUUCAAAGAAUUUAUCUUGGAGAGAUGGUCUAAUUUCAGUGUAUAACAAAGCCAUCAAAGCUUAUAUUGGUUUACGAAAUGCCAACAAGUGUGAAGAACUUUUCGACAAGAUCACAACCUCAAAACUGGCUGUAAACAGUGAAUUUUACAAGAUGAUGAUAAAAUUUUUAGUUACACUGAACGAAGAUUGCGAAACGGCAUUGAGCAUCAUAGAUCAACUAAUAAAACAUUCUGUAAUCAAGGUGGACGCUACACAUUUUGAAAUAAUAAUGGAGGCAUAUGACAAAGAGGGUUAUCGUGACGGUAUAAUUAACUUGUACAAGACAAUGUCACAGAAUAAGGUACCAGCGAAUUCCAAAAUUUUAUAUUAUAUAUUGAAGGCCGUUGCCAAAAAAAGCCUACAAAAUAAUGAGGAAAUCAAGGAAACGAUUAAUAUGGUAGAAGACAUCAUGGAAAAUGCUGCCAAUGGAACUCUCGACGUUACGUAUAACAAACUGCAUCCCUCGGUCAUGGCAUGGCCAAUGAGAAUGAUUGUGAAACAUGAUAGCCCACAGCGGGCUUUAGAGUUAUACAACCGGUACAAUGAGCUUUUCUUCAAAAAGCAUGAUUGGAUAUCAAAUAAUAAUAAAUUUGUGAUGAUGAGAUCAUUGUUGGUAUUACUAGCUCAAAUUGAACAAUGGAAAGAUUUCGAAACACUUUUCGCUAAAUACAUGGAUCGUAUUGAAAACAUUGAAAACUUGCCAUCAUCUACAACGCCAAAUAUUAAACUAAGAAGCAUAUUCAGCGGAUUGUUCCCUUAUAAAGUAAGUCAGUUGAUUGCAAUGAAUAAAAUCGAUGAGCUGCCAUUACUGUGGAAGAAAUUGCGAGAAAAAGGUUUUAUUUUAGAUAAUAUAUCGUGGAACAGCGCUGUAGAAGCGUUAUUUAAGGAUCCAAGAACCCUUUCGUAUGGUAUGAAAAUCGUUGAUGACACACUAAUUCAUGGGUAUAAUUUGAUCCAUAAAUUUAGACUAUUAACGAAACUAUCCGAGGAUAAGACGCAGUCCAGUGAUAAAUCUUGGCCAACAUUAAAAAUGAAGGAAAAAGAGCCCAAUAAAUUUCAGCCCAGACUAUACUUAAAAAGCGAUACAUAUAACAGUAUAAUGAGGCAGUUAGACACAUAUUUGGACGGUAUUGAUGAUUUAAAAACUUUAGAAGAUCAGGUACGUGACUUCAUAUCAAAUUACAAGUAUUUUAUGAAAGAUUACUUAUUAAUGCCAAGAAGCAAGAUCAAUAAAUGGGAACAGAUUGAAAUGAGACAUCUUUCAUAUUUUAAAGAACUGAGGAAAUCUAAGAGAGUAUUACCUGUGAGUAAAUUCUAG